CAGAAGAGAAAAAUAAAAAUUUCCGUCGGUCUACAGCGCCGUUUUUCCGUUCAUAAAGUGUCUUUCUUUCGGUUUCUCGGUCUCUGGCGUGUGCGAAAAAAUAGUGUGUAUCGCCCGGGUGUUACCGUUCUCCGUCCGUCGACAGAGGGAGAUGAAUUUCGCGCUGAUCAGCCCGUUCGAUAUCGACUCGCUUGAGCGAGCCAUCCAGCAACAGGUCCCCCAGUACUUCCAGACGCUCGCCGAAGAGAACCAGCUAAAUCCGUUCGAUCUGAUACCGCUCGAUGCACCGAUCGGACCCGAUUCUAACGAUGGAUCUUCAUCACUGGAAAUGGCCCCAUCCAUCGCGGCCGACAAUCGACAGCAACCGUCGGUGCAGGCCACAGACGAGCAGCUGAGCGGCAGCGAGUGCAACCAGCUCUGUGACAUCAACGAUAAUAGUAUUCUGGUUGAGUUUGAGAAAAUUGAUGAUGAACUGGAGGAGGAGGAGGACGGAGGAUGUAAUAAAGAAAACAAUACUCUAUACGAAGACGGAGAACCAUCGCAUGCCACAAUCACAAUCGAGGGUCCGGAUAACCAGAUACUGGCUCGAUAUCGGUGCAAUUAUGGUAGCUGCAAUCGCAGCUACAGUACAGUUGGUAACCUGAGAACACACAUGAAAACUCACCGUGGUGAAUACAAAUUUAAAUGCACGGAAGAGGGCUGCACGAAAGCGUUUCUCACUUCGUACAGUCAGAAGAUACACAUCCGCGUUCACACGAAGGUAAAACCGUACAUCUGCAGCGAUAGUAGUUGCCGCAAGGCUUUCAACACUCGCUAUCGGUUACGGGCACACGAGCGACUGCACAACGGUGAAACGUUUAACUGCGUCGUCUGCCAGAAGGUUUUUACCACGCUCAGCGAUCUGAAGAAGCACUCGCGCGUACACACCCAGGAGCGGCCCUACAAAUGUAAAGAGGAUCAGUGUGGCAAAGCGUUCACGGCGUCACACCAUCUGAAAACGCACAUCCGCACGCACUCGGGGGAACGACCAUUUCUAUGCAAAAUAUCUGACUGCAACAAAUCCUUCAGCACACCGCACAGCUUGAAGACGCACUCGAAGACCCACGAGAAGGUGAAGAAAAAGCUUUCAAAGUCGGCAGCUAAAUUAAAGAAGGCUCGCCUUGCCGCGCUAGAACAACAAACUUCUGUCGCUGCUACCGAUUCUACUGUUUGCACAGUUGACGAUGGAGUGCAGGAUGUAAUGGAAAGUAAAGCAUCGGAGCUAAUGAAUAUCGGCAACCAACGUGAGAUUGUGAUGAGCCCUUCAGCACUAGCGGUUAGCGAGGGGGCAGUGUACGAUUGUGCCAGUAAAUUGAAAACGGAAUUGCUACCGUCUGCGUCACAGGCACCGGUAGUAAUGGAGGAACCGUACAAUUAUACACAGCUGAACACGGAUUUCCAUGAAUCCAAAGCCCUUGAGCUGGCACUCGCCACCGAAGAGGAACUAAACCCCCAGUGGAUCGACAUUUCGAUGCUUCAAACGAAACCAUUGGCAGCGCUCGAUCCUGUCACUUCCGCCUGUGUCGCUCUACCGACGAAUGUACCGUCCUAUGUGGAUCUAUCGUUUAACGUGAACGUAGCUGACUUCUUACCAGGGACGGAUAUCGAGCCAAUAGGAUCGCGAGACGAUCCUGCAGAUGAUCCGAUCAGUUCCCGAGUGUACAGUGCAAUCGACGUGGGGUGCUACUUCGACGAAAAUAUGCUAGAAAGUGCUAAUGCAACGGUUCAGAUCGAUCAGGCAAUUCAGAAUAGUGAACGUGCGGUCGGUGUGAAGCAGGAAGAGCAGGAAGAGACGGAUAAGCUGAUCAAUGAACUGUUCGCCGACGAGUUCCUGCCAAAGCUGGAUGCACAAUCGGUCGUUGGGACUAAUCACCCCAGUGAUCUGCUCGUGAACAGUGCGGUAACCGUGCCUGAGUUUGUGCCUCAGGAUGCGCCAACACUACCGAUGCUCGUGGAAACGAUGGCUUUGGCAGAUUCCCUGCCGCAAUUACCAGAUCCAAUCACGAAAACAUUGAAGGACAUUACGGCAGAUGCCGACAUUUGUCGUUGUGUAAACUGUCAGUGUGAUCCAAUGAAUGGUUGUAUCGGAGGAUGUGGUCCCGAGAAUCCGUGUCGGACGAUGACUGGUGGUGUUGUAGAUGAAACCGUGCAACCAUUCUCCGAUGCUAGAACCGGCAUCACUUUUGUUACCGAAAACCAAUCAACACCGAUCAGUUCUUUGCCCGUUGCGCAACCACAGCCUACUCAGACUAACACCCCAUCUACAGUACCAUCGUCGACCUGCUGUAAAGGGGCAACGCCUGCUGCGAAUGAAUCGAUUGAAGCGAUGCCGAAGAUAACAGAUCAGAUCGAACCAUUGGCAAACAUGCUGAAAAGCUUACAGAAAUGCUCCUGUUCUGGACCACGCGAUGGUCAUUCGCCGAGCUGCUGCGUAGUGAUUUGUCUGAAGACGCUUGAAACACUGAAGCGCGUUCUGAGCACCCACUCGAGUCUGAUCCAGUGCCAUAGUAGUAGCAGCACUAGUGCCAUCAUGCAUUAACUCACCAAUUAUCUGCAAAGCAAGUACAAAACCCUUCUCAUCCACGCUUCCUUCCUUGCUAGAAGAUAUGGACCAGUCAACAAGAAUAAGUUAUCAGGAUGUCAAGGAAGCAAGAAAUAGUGACAGAGAAAGAGGGUAUAUAGUCAGGAAGUGAGGAUUAUUUUUUAUAUGUUCCGUUAUACUUUGUUUUGUCCACUUGUUAUGCUACGCAUCGGAGAAGCAAUAGUAGAAGCAGAAGGAUAUGGAAAUGGUCUCAAGAUUAAGUAAAGGUGCUCGAAAGAAAGCAGAUUGUGCUGGUCCAACGAAAGCAUCGAAUGAUCGAUUGUGAGAGAGCAAGGGAGUUAUAAAGUUAGAUAAUACGGCUGGUAUCCAAAAAUUGAGUUGCCUUAAGAAACUUGUUCCUAGAUGCUAUUUUGAGUAUUGUUUAGUCGUACGCGUUGAGCAACUUUGUUAGGAGCCAUGAGAGAUGCUCACCGAGCUGCUUUUCACGUCGGCUGUUUUGCUUCCAACUGCAUUGCCUUUGGUGGAACUGAUAGUUAAUAUAAACAGCAGAGUCACAGUAGAAAGGACCCGCACACCGACGGUCUAUGAGUGGGGCUGUAGAUGUGUUUAUGCUAAAGACACGCGGCAUAGCAGCAGAGAUGGUUGCGGAAAAGCCAGGACGUACACAAUAACGUGUUAUUGCAUUCGUAACUAUAAUUCAUAAGCGUUUCCUCUUUCUU